CCGUACCACUUGCGCGUUGGGCGUAAUUUAUUUCCUGUUGGCUCAAGUUAAGCGAAAUCAGAGUUUAGUUUUUCAAGUUUUGUUACGACAUUAUUAAACAAAAAAAUGCUCUGUGGUAGAAGAAUGCAUAAAUGAUUGAAUUUCCAUGUUUUUGCUAUGCUACACAUAAUUUCUAUAGUGGUACCCGUCAUAUUUGGAAUUAUUGCCAUAGUUGGGUUCUUCGGUAAUGCCCUAGUUGUAACGGUGGUCGUUGCCAAUUCGCGAAUGCGUAGCACAACCAACCUGCUCAUCGUCAAUUUAGCACUUGCCGAUAUUUUAUUUAUUGUAUUUUGCGUUCCGUUCACUGCCUCGGAUUACGCUCUACUCUUUUGGCCGUUUGGUGAGGUCUGGUGUAAAAUUGUCCAAUAUCUAGUUAUCGUGACAGCUAAUGCCAGUAUUUACACCUUAGUUCUAAUGUCACUUGAUCGCUAUUUAAUUGUUGUCCAUCCGCUCAGUUCCAUCUCUAUUCGAACAAAAACAAAGACGUAUUGGGCAAUCGCCGUUACUUGGGUAUUUCUUUCUCAUGAAGUUGUUAUUUUCUCGGCCUGUGUCCCAUUACUGAUGGCCCACGGACACGUUGUGUACCAAUUUGCUGGCGAAGAGUAUACCGGUUGUCGGUUUCUCCACAAGGAAGGAUGGAGCUACUAUGCCUUUCAGAUCGCAUUUUUUGCAACUUCUUAUGUCGUCCCACUUUUGCUAAUUUGCGGAUUAUACGUAGGCAUGCUCACGCAUUUGUGGAGACGGACAACGCCCGGAGGGCGUGUUUCCGUUAGGCGUCAGCGCGGUAAAAAGAUGCGUGUUACUCGCCUGGUGUGCAUCGUUGUUUUCACUUUCGCCAUAUGUUGGCUCCCCAUUCAGCUGUAUUUGCUUUUGAAAAGUCUGGCCUUGUUUAACACCUCACCCGUUACCGUUGUGAUACAAAUAACGUCGCACAUACUAGCUUACAUGAAUUCCUGCAUGAACCCCUUUCUGUACGCAUUCAUUUCGGAUAACUUUCGAAAAUCAUUCCGAAAAAUCAUUCACUGCCCGAGGUAAAAUGUCGCUCUGUUGUCGCCACGAACAGUUGCAGCAGUACUACAGUAAUAAUAAAUACAAAUGAUACAAAAAAAAAUAUGCACGACUUUUACUUUCGUUAUCUAAAAUUCACGCUGCAUCAAUUCGUUAAAAUGUGUCAGAACUAUUAAUAGGUCUCGACAUGUCAGCCAAACCUACAUAUAUUCGAAUUUGCAUUCCUGUUGAAAUUUCGGUGGACCAGCUUUAGAAAAACCUUCCAUAGGAACUGAAAUUUUUGAAAUUUGUAUUUACCUGUUAUCAAUGUGAAAUGACAAACUUAUUUUUAUCCAUGGCGCCGUCCUCAUUAUCGCUCGUGAGUUGCUGUUACAUAUUCAACAUCACGACUGUUGUUAUGCAAGUUAGUAUCGCUUAUUACGUGAUUUGACUAUGUAAUGUAGCAAAGGUUAUCGCCAAGGUCAAUACAAAAAGCACUACUUACACUGA